ACCACAGACGCUUAGGUCGCACGUGUCCCCACUCUCAACUGCGUUAUUGAGAGGUAUCUUCAUCGCAGCCACCCUUAAAUUUUCACCGCCGUGUCAGGUUAAUUCAUCUCCAAUACAUUUCUGAGAAUUUAAGAAGAAAGGUGUAGAGAGAGUGACGGCGUCGUUCUCAUCUCUCUAAAACGCAGAGGUGACCUGAGAUCAACACUAACAGAAAGAACAAUUACACAAACCUUUACUUCGAACGACGACGAUGUGGAGAAGAAUUUGCUCUUCACACCUCAAAACCCUAGCACUUGUUGAAGUUCAAUCUUUAUGUGGAUCUGCUUCUGUCGCUCCUUCAAUCGCUCACUCCGCAAAUCGAUCCCUCUCUUCUCCCCGGUUCUUCGCCGCUCGCCUCUUCUCCUCUCAACCAGAGACAUCUGUGAAGAAGAAGGUUGAGGAUGUUAUGCCUAUUGCUACCGGACAUGAGCGGGAGGAGCUUGAGGCUGAACUUGAGGGAAGGGAUGUUCUUGAGAUAAACCACCCUGUUGGACCAUUUGGCACAAAGGAAGCACCUGCUGUUGUCAAAUCUUACUAUGACAAGAGAAUAGUUGGCUGCCCUGGAGGCGAAGGCGAGGAUGAGCAUGAUGUUGUCUGGUUUUGGCUGGAGAAAGGCAAGCCACAUGAAUGUCCAGUGUGCUCACAGUACUUUGUGCUGGAAGUGGUAGGCCCUGGAGGACCACCAGAUGGACAUGGCGAUGAUGAUCAUCAUCAUUGAUUGCAUCUGUUAAUUUUCCUAUUGGAAUAAAAUUUGAGUCUGAUGAGGCAAUUUCCAGUAUACAAUGCAGCUUCAAAGUUGAAAAAGAUUUUGUAUUGUUUGUUUUGGAUUGGUCCUUAGUUCUUGUGGCUGUUGCUUUCCCAAAGUUUGGGAUGGCAUCUUUUGUGGUUAUUCAGACAUGGGUCAGUCAUCUUUUGGAACUACAGAUCUUAUUAGCUUUCCGUAAAAUGCAUUGCCAAAUAAUUGAUGGCUACAUUUCAAUUCUUUCCCUAAACAUGUUAAUACUAGUUUUAAAGGAA